AACCAUUCUCACUCACCCCAAUCAUCCACCACGCCCAAGCACCCCAUUUGAGAGGAAAAACUCUGCAAAUAUUCAUCUUCCAUAGCUGGAUACGAGCUCAGGGAAGGAAGGUCCAAAAGAGGAAGAUUAAAGAGAGAAAAAGUUGGGAAAAGUGUGAAUAAUUAAGGGACUUGUGAAAGGUAUUUCAAGUGAUUUCACAAAGUUGGAAAAGUCGCCGGAGUUGUCGCCGGAGUUGACCAAAAGUCGCUGGAGUUUCACCGGAGUUCAACCAAGAAGGGUAGAACUUCAUAACGCUAGUUCAAGGUUGAAGCUAGGGCUUGCUACCUGCACCUUUCUACGGGUGACAUCAAAUCAAGGAAGACGUGAAAUGGAGGGUAAUUAGCGAAUGGCAACAAGAAAUGACCCUAAGGGACAAGCGUCGGUAGCUUACCUUGAGGCUAGCCGAGCUGUGUCACGAGCCUUUACGGGGAGAGGAAUAGGCCAUGGGGGCCGUGAGGGCCGCCAAGCGGCAAGCGCUAAUCAAGUGGGCUCGAUGUGUAACAUGAACACCAGGAGGAACGAACGUAGGCGUCAGGCGAGGCGAGAUCGGGCCACCUCCCAACGUGAUAUGACUGUCAGCCAAUCCCAUCCUUGGGCAAACGACCAAGGAGGAGAAAGCACUCUUACGGCACCGGCAUCACCGGUGAAAAAGAAAAGGACCUCAAGGUGGCAUACGUCCUUUCCUUACUCUUUCAGACCAUCCAAAUGUUCGAAUUGCUCUAAGAAACAUUUCGGAAAGUGCAACGAGCCCCCAAUGUGCUACGAAUGUGGGAGCUCAACCCACAUGAAAUUAAGUUGCCCAUGGAGGAGGCAACAAGAGACAUCACAAGCCAAGGAAGGGCUCACCGUGGAAGGAAACCAUACGGAACCAACGGCGAGCAACGCUACGUCCGUCAAUCAAGGCGGGGCCCAAGCACGAGACUACGCGAUGACCGAGGCGGAUGCGCGGGCAAACCCGGACUCCGUCACAGGUUGAAGCUAGGGCUUGCUACCUGCACCUUUCUACGGGUGACAUCAAAUCAAGGAAGACGUGGUUCGUGCUUCCUCAUUUUAUUUCAAAUUACCAAACAUUGCUCAUGGAUAUUUUUAUUUGUUAUAAACUAUUCUUUUGGGGCUUGCAUGCCCAUGUUAUUGGCCGGUUGUGGCUUAUGACUUACCGUUGAAUAUUUCCGCUAUUCAUUGGUUUAAAUGUGAUGUUGUUAUGUAUGUUUA